AAAAAAAAAAAGGUAUAGUAUAUCAGGAAAGAUAAUCAACAUUCAGAAAUCUAAAUGCCACUUACUCAUGUAAAUACUGCUAAUUUUUCUAGUGAAAGUUACAGUUUUUGAGGGACAUUAAUGCCUCAGGCUACUUCAUCUUCAAUGGAUUGCUCCUCCCUCAUUCCCCGCUUCCCAGAUUGUUUUCAUCAAUUGUUAUUUCCUUAACAUUUGCAAACCAGAUUUCUGGAUUGUAGUACAUCCUAAUGUUAUAUAUAGAAACCAGUGCUUCAGUUUUUAAGGUUCUGUAAAGUUUUGUGUAUUAAUAUUACUCUUCUCUAAACCUUUCUGACUAUCCAGAUCUAGAAAGUUCUCUCCAGACUGUUGCCGGGUGUGUAUUCAGUUAAUACUCUCACCAAGGCAGUGUACAUUGCAGUCAUUCUUCCUGCUCAGCCUAACAUUUUUCCUCCUUCUGGCUAGGAGUAUUAGCAGUAAUAACCCUCCAUGUCUCUGGCCUAGUAAUUUAGGUGCUCAUCCUCACUCAUAACCUUUCUUUAUUAAAAUGAGUUUUGUUACCUAAAAUACUCUGCGAUAUAACUCAAAUCUUAGGAGAUAAAAUGGGUUGGAUUGGUUUGGGUUUAGGCAAGUUUGAUUUACACCUUGAAGUGUGUCUAAGUAAUGGUGAAACAAAUGGGACACAUAUCAACCACGUGCAGUAUGUAAAGAGGAAAAUCAGCUAAGGGUAAAUAGUGUUAAUUUGAAGUGAUUAUUUGUGAAUAAUAAUUCUUUAGUCCAGUAUAUUUUCUAGUAUCUGUCAAAUUUGUAAUAUAUCUGCAAGCAUCCUUAUUUUUUAAGUGUUCGUGAUAAGAAUGAUGGUGUACUCAAGGUGUACUAAAACACCGAAAAUAGCUCUAAGUGCCACACUCUUAACUUCUAAAGUAACUGCGAUGGGUUGCUAUGAAAUUAGCAAAACAUUGUUAGAUCUGAGGCAGCAAUGACAUCAUAAUUAGACUAGUAGACUAGUGAAGUUCUAGAUGAGAAUUCCUGUCACUACUGGCAGUGAUGGCUUCAGGCAAAGACACUUGUCCUAUCUUACCUAAACUCACCAACAACUGUUCUAAUGAGAAUUCAUCUAAGCCUGCUAAUAAGUGUGGUGAGAUUCAUUUGCCACGGUUUUCAUUAAAGCAUGGGAUGAUCCCAAGACGUUAUGUAAUGCCUUGGAAACAGAACAUGAAAUUCAGGAUUGUGAAUCUGAAGCAUGCAGAAGCAUGUGGGAUCCAUGCUGGCCCUUUGGAAGACUCUCUGUUUUUGAAUCACAGUGAAAGGCUUUGCCAUGGGGAAGAUCGUAAAGUUGUCUUGAAGAAAAUCCCACCAGAAAUAAAAAUUGCAGAUAUGCCUCUGCAUUCACCUCUCUCCAAGUACCAAAGCACUGUGAUUUCCCAUGGCUUCAGGAGGCGACUGAUCUGAUGAAAGAAGAAUAAAAUGAUAAAGUAUUUCAGUCUCUCCCUCCCUCUCUCUCUCUCCCAUAAUGUUUAAGUCCUUGUACAUUUGUAUUUUGCCUAUAGGUUCAAUUUGUUCGAAGGCUAUAAGUCAACU